CGAUAUCGAUAGCUCGAUACGCACUUGUCGAUGCUCUUCAGCAGUUGGCAACGCGAGCCGUGAAUUAAAUAUUUGAAACGUCCACACUGCACAAAUUUUAAUAAGAAAUACUCACAACUGUCGCAUUUUAAACGUUUUAAUCUGGUUCUAGAUGUAAAUAAGGUUGGAAACCCUAUAAAAACAGUGACCAAGAACGGAAAAAGGAGUGAGGAAUAAAAAUGGAAGACAUAUUCCACUGGUGCCGCGAGGGCAACUCGAUUCAAGUGCGCCUCUGGUUGGACGAAACGGAGCACGACAACAAUUUGGGGGACGAUCAUGGCUUCAGUCCGUUGCAUUGGGUGGCUAAGGAGGGUCACGCCAAGCUGGUGGAGACUCUGUUGCAGCGCGGAUCGCGUGUGAACGCCACCAAUAUGGGCGACGACAUCCCACUCCAUUUAGCGGCAGCACACGGCCACCGCGACGUGGUCCAGAUGUUGAUAAAAGAGCGUAGCGACGUGAAUGCGGUGAACGAGCAUGGAAACACACCCCUGCACUACGCCUGUUUCUGGGGCUAUGAUAUGAUCUGCGAGGAUCUGCUGAAUGCGGGAGCCCAGGUGGGAAUUGCAAACAAGGACGGGCACACACCUCUCGAAAAGGCCAAACCCAGUCUGGCAAAGAGGCUCCAGGAUCUUGUGGAGAAGAGCGGCAGGGAGGUUAAGGUGAUCAGCUUCAAGGAGCAAAGCUGGCAGGGCUUGAAGACGAGAUCCCGGGAUGCCACUUUGUCCCGUUUCAAGGGAAUUAGUAUGGGAGACCUAGACCUGCAUACAAAGCUCUCGGUGACGCCAUCAGGAGAAACUUGGAGAGGACGCUGGCAAAAGAACGAUGUGGUGGCCAAGAUCCUGGCUGUGCGCCAGUGUACGCCUCGUAUAUCGCGCGAUUUUAACGAGGAGUUUCCCAAGCUGCGGAUCUUUUCGCACCCAAACAUUUUGCCUAUUAUUGGAGCAUGCAAUUCGCCACCCAAUCUGGUGACCAUUAGUCAGUUCAUGCCACGUUCUUCGCUGUUCAGCCUGCUGCAUGGAGCCACUGGCGUCGUGGUGGACACCAGCCAAGCCGUAAGCUUUGCCUUGGAUGUUGCGAGAGGAAUGGCUUUCCUGCACUCGCUGGAGCGCAUUAUACCAACAUAUCACCUGAACAGUCAUCACGUGAUGAUCGACGAUGAUCUGACGGCGAGAAUCAACAUGGGCGAUGCCAAGUUCUCUUUCCAAGAGAAGGGACGCAUCUAUCAACCGGCUUGGAUGUCGCCGGAGGCUUUGCAGCGCAAGCAGGCGGAUCGAAACUGGGAGGCCUGUGACAUGUGGAGCUUUGCUAUUCUCAUUUGGGAGCUGACUACGCGCGAGGUCCCCUUCGCCGAGUGGUCGCCUAUGGAGUGCGGCAUGAAGAUUGCGUUGGAAGGUCUGCGGGUCAAGAUUCCGCCAGGCACAUCAACGCACAUGGCCAAGCUGAUUUCAAUCUGCAUGAACGAGGAUCCCGGCAAGCGGCCCAAGUUCGAUAUGGUGGUUCCCAUUCUGGAGAAGAUGCGCCGCUGAAGGGAAGGGGAAAAACUAUAAAUGCCAAGCAAAAAUGUGCCUUGAGGAACCUUAGAUUUGCCAACUAAUUGUAAUUACUACUUUGUGUUACUUUUGUCUAACUGAGUUUAACCGAAAACCGUACCGAAAUGGCAAAGCAAGUGCAGCGUUUCUGUCUAGAGCUUAUGUUUCUGUGUCUCAUUGUUGUGCGGGUGCUCGAUUAUUGACAUUUUAAGUUUAAUAACCAUUAUGAUCGUAUUUAUACAGAAAUAUAUUUGUUACUAACUAAUUCAA